CAUGCCGUAAUCCAAGAUGGCGGCGGAGCGAGUCCAGUGCUAGUCUCAGGUAGCUGUUUACAACAUUCACAAGAGGAUGGAUACUGCUCAUUAAUCUGCGAUUUGUAACUCUGUAAAGAAGAAUACUUAAUUCGACAUGCGUAUGCGAUGACUUUAACCACAAUGAAGUAGAAUUGCCUGUAAACCACGACCACCUGAAGAAUUUUUCCACAAAACUAACUAGUCAAGGGAAAGCUGCCAAUGCUCCUCAUAACAAACAAAUUUCAAUAGAGGAGAUGGGCAUGACACUAAGAGAGUUAAAAGUUUGUCUCCUCGGGGAGACUGGGGUUGGAAAAUCAAGUAUCGUUUGGCGAUUCGUUGAGGACAGCUUUGAUCCAAACAUCAACCCCACUAUCGGGGCAUCCUUUAUGACGAAGACAGUGCAAUACCAGAAUGAGCUGCACAAGUUUCUGAUCUGGGACACAGCGGGACAGGAGCGGUUCAGAGCCCUGGCACCGAUGUACUACAGAGGGUCAGCAGCAGCCAUCAUUGUGUAUGAUAUCACAAAAGAGGAAUCAUUUCAAACAUUGAAGAACUGGGUGAAGGAACUACGGCAACAUGGACCUCCAAAUAUUGUGGUUGCAAUCGCAGGCAACAAAUGUGACCUCACUGAUGCCAGAGAAGUACCAGAGAAAGAUGCAAAGGACUAUGCAGAUUCUAUCCAUGCCAUCUUUGUGGAAACCAGUGCCAAAAAUGCCAUUAACAUCAACGAGGUGUUUAUAGAGAUAAGUAAGCGAAUCCCUGCUGCAGACGCUGCUGGAGGAAGCCCAGGAAAGAGUUUUAAAAUCGGACGCCAGGCCUCAGAGUCUCAGAGGACGUGCUGCUGAUGAGGCCAGAUAUGAACCAUGUGACCUGACCUGACCUUUCACCCAAAAAUGCCAUAUACCAGCGGCAUAUGUAAAACUCAGUGCAAACAAGACAAAAACAUUACAAAUCACACAAACUUAGUAACAGCAUUAAUCACAAAUUACAGUUUUGAAGAACUUGUAAAUGUGUACAGGUGUAAGAUAUUUCACCUAAAUAUUUUGAUAUUGCUUAAGUUAAGAUUAUACAACUUGUAUUUUCCAAUGUAAUGAAUUUUCUACACACAGCAUGUUGGUGUAAAACAUGUCGACUAUUACUUUAACCAGACUUUACAUAGUUGUCUCGCUAUAACAACUGGUGUGUUGGCUGUUGGAUAUUAUUAUACGACCUCCAACAAGGGCAAGUUACACUGCAUGAUAGUUUGUUAGCUUUCAAGUUUGUCCCUUGGAAAAAGUCAACAAGGCUCCCACAGCAUCUAGCUUUACAAGUUCAGCAGCAAACAACUUUGUUCCUCAUACAUUUUUUUUUUUUUCAUAACCAUAGACAAAUAAUUACAAUAAUACAUCAUAUAUUUACCCUUCAAGCUAAUGCCUUAACUAAACAACGAAUAGUCCUAUAAGUUCAAAACAGGACUAAAUAUGACUAAAACUGAAACAUGUUCUAAUUUUGGUUUAGUUCUGUGUGUGAACGCACCCUUAAAAGAACUGAUUGAAGGAUGACUUUUAAAGAGGGGGUAUUAUGCAAAAUUGAUUUUUUUGAGCUUUCUACCAUGUUACAACAUUCUCUCAUCAAAAACUCAAGCUCACGUUACCCAUUCAUCUGCAUGGUAAUGCUCCAUAAAUAUACAAAAGCAUGACCCAAAACAAUACACUACAACUUCACACACCUGAUGCGAUAGGAAAUCGAUUCAUUAGCGAAUUGGACGUUGAUUGUAAUGUGAUAAAAUGGGAUUAAAUGUGUGCUCUGAAGGGAGAGUGACUAGAGGAGAGCAAAUCGAAGGGGGGCUUGAAACUUACCAAACAUGUUACUGUGUUGUUUUUGGCAAGUAUAGCAUUUUCAAAACAAUAAAAGGUGAAUAUGAUGACCUAAAUAUGUCAUGUGUUAACUGCAAAUAGAAUUAAAAUACCCCCUCUUUAAGUGUGAAAAGAAUGAGCUCAAGUAUCUGCAGAUGGAAAAUAGUGAAGAACAUUGAUGCCUGAAAGUACCACAGAUUGAGAAACACAGGAGAUGCAGAAGUGACUGUAUAUUAUCAGUACAUGUGACAUAGUGUUUGCUGCAUAGUCACUGGGGGUUGGACAAGAUCUCGCACCACAAGAUCUCUCAAGAUAAAAGUGCCACAAGACGCACAAGGAAGAUUAUCUUGUCCAUGUGUUUACUUUUAGAUUGGACAAAAAUGAUUAAUGAUGGCGAGUUACAGCUUUUGAAAAGUUAUAGUGACAACAAAAAUAUAAAAUAAGUAAAACAUUUAGAGGCCAAAAGUGUUAACUGAAUAGCCCAAACCACGUUUUAUAAAUUGUCAAAAUCUCAUCCGUUGUCGUAGACCCAACCUCCUGUCUCGUCUUGGGGGAACUGUCUUGCCCACACCUAAUAGUCAUUUACCAUUUCAUAGUCUACAGUCAAAUGAAGGUGGCUCAGUGUUGAUAUGCUAGCCUUUAGAUGCACCUGAUUUCCCAUUAAUUCCUCAUAUGUUUUUCUUUCACCAUUCCUUCACAUCAACCUGAGAAUUUUGUUUUUGUUUUGUGAGUAUGGAAAAAUAAACUACAUGGAGUCAUUUAAAGGUUGUAUUAUAACACUCAUAAAAGACUCACUUCACCCUAUUUUAUGUUUACAAGCACUACUAGGGCCACAAUACUCAUAGUUGAAAACACUUAAUACAACUGUACAUCUCAGUCUGACAUGCCAUUUAGUAUUUUCACACUUGAAAGUGUAAGUUGAAGUAUCCAUAUUAUGCUAUUUUCUGAAUAUCUCUACUGAACAUAAGGUAAAAGGUAGCUGUUAAUAUGAAAACUACAACUUCAUGACAAGCAAGAAUAAAGGGUUACUCAAACAUGUGAAUGAAACAAAACACAACUCUGGGUAUGUUUUUGAGGAGGUAACAACAUUCUAACGUGACUGAAAGAGUAAAUUUAGCGUAAUAUAGGACCUUUAAGUAAUAAGUAAUAGAUUAUUUUCAAAUACUGGACUAUACAGAUUAAGUUGCACCCAAUAACAAGGUAUUUAGAUUUUACUGUACACAACUACAACUGACUAAAAUCAACCCAGAUGUGCUGGGAUACACAACUUUAACAGCUUCUGAUGCAUUUUUGUUUUUGAUUCCCAUUUUCCUAUUUAAUUGUUCAGUUGCCAAAGUUGCAAAGUGCAAAAUCAACUAACAGGUCAAAACAUGUUUAUUUUCCUUUCUAUCAUCAAACAUGUGAUUUGCAGCUUAGGAAAACCUCCUCAUAUAAAACAGCAGAAAUAUGUCAGUUUGCAUUAAAAACUAUAGUCUUAGGCUGGUCCUAGGAACUUGAUUAAUCUAUAGCAUUACUGUUACUAUUAUUAUGUAUAUGUCUGUGCAGAUACCAUUGGUUUGCACACAAGUCACUAUUGUAAUGCAUUUCUGACCACAGUAGCCUUUUGCUGAGUUUUUGCAGUAACCCUCUUAAGCACCAGUUAACCCUUUCUUAGCUUUUUAUUGUUAUUAUUCAUUUCAUAUGUAAGAAGUGCUUGAAAACACAUGUGCAAUGUACUCCCGCUGUGUCAAAAGGGACUUGUCAAUUUGUUUAAUAAUAAAAGAUUGACAAAAUAUGAA